AUGGAUCUCCGCAAGAAGAAGAGGAAGGUCCUUCUGAUGGGCAAGAGUGGUUCUGGAAAGUCCUCGAUGCGAUCGAUUAUUUUCAGCAAUUAUGUUGCAAAGGAUGUGCGCCGAUUAGGCGCCACCAUUGAUGUGGAACACAGCCAUGUGAAGUUUAUGGGGAAUUUGACACUUAAUUUAUGGGAUUGUGGAGGACAAGAUGCCUUCAUGGAAACCUACCUCGGCGGCCAACGAAGCAACAUCUUCUCCGACGUCGCCGUCCUCAUUUAUGUGUUUGACAUUGAAUCUCGCGAGGUUGAGCGCGACCUCGACACGUACAACGCCGUCAUCGAGGCCCUCCACCAACACAGUCCCGGCGCCCACGUGUUCUGUCUAAUCCACAAACUCGAUCUGAUCCAAGCCGAGCAUCGACAACGUAUCUACGAAGAACGCUCGUCGCUGAUCCGUCAUCGCUCAAAACAUUUCGAUAUCGAUACCUUUGGGAGCAGCAUAUGGGAUCAAUCCCUAUACAAAGCUUGGGCGGGGAUAGUGCACAAACUCAUUCCGAAUUUGUACGUUAUCGAGCGCUUUUUGAGCGCGUUCGCGACCAAGAUUGAUGCGGAAGAGGUGAUAUUGUUUGAGCGCUCGACCUUUCUGACGGUUACCUCAUUUGCGUCUGAAGUCGGAAGUUUAAACCCGAUUUAUGAUCGUCAUGAACGACUAUCGAAUAUCAUGAAGGCAUUUAAACAUUGCGCCGCUCGCAAUACGCAUACCACCCCGGCCUCCGCGGGGUUUUUGGUGAUGCAUACAAAGACGCCGCAGUUUAACGUCUUUCUGGGCCGGUUUACGGAUAACACCUAUAUCUUUGUGGUCGUGCCACCCGGCGAAGCCGCCUACAAUUGCGCAGUGCUGAAUACCAUGUUGGCGAGAGAAGGGUUUGCGAAAGCGGCAGGUCACGGUGGGGAUGGGUUUCCCUUACCGAUGUCUACGUCCGCCGCGUCGCAUUCCAAGGGUCAAAAUGGGGGGCAAUAUGGAUCUUUGCGAGAAUGA